GGGGACAGUGAAUCGCCCGACUUGACUCGACUCGAGCCGAAUCAGGGAAGCCAAAAAGAAAAACUCGACUCGUCCUUUUGACGAGUUGACUCGUUUCCUCAUGCCUAGCUGCGGCAAUGUCGAUGUACAGGCAGUGGUGUGGCCGCUGGCCACAUGGUUGACACCGCCCCCGCCUCCCCCGCCGCCUUGAUAACAGCCGCGUGCUUCAAACGAAGUUUUCAGGAUUCCCUAUAUUUUCCGCACCAAUCUUUAGACGGGUCCACCAUGGAUCCAAUACAGGCCUUCGCUGACCUCAUUGGCACUCCCCGCCCAGCGGCGACUUUUCUGCUUGCGAGUUUAGCCUUCGUGCCGAUCGCUUGGCUUCACAGAUUCAUCUCCUCGCCUACAAUCCGCCACGUGUACUGCACAGUAACGGGGCUUCUUCUAUCGGCGUGCGUGUUCGGAUGGACUGCCGACGCGCACUUCCUCGCGUGCAUCGUCUACGCCAUAGCCGUCAUGCGCCUGUUCCGGAGGCAAUGCGGCGUCCUCACGCUCCUGGGAACGUUCGCCUACUUGAUCGGAUGCCACAUCAUCAUGCGCACUCACGAGACCCGCACGGAGGGCGUGCUCGACUGCACCGGCGCGCUCACUGUCUUCGCUACAAAGCUCACCGCCGUCGCGUAUAACUACCAGGACGGGCUCACGCUGCUUAAGGAGAAGGACCAAGGCGCGAAGGCGAAGGACGCGCAGGAGAAGAAAGAACUGACUGAGGAGCAGAGGCGGCGCGAAGAGCGGAUGGAGCGCUCGCGAUUGGAGCGGCGAAAGGCGGCGCUGGUUACCAUGCCUUCGUUGCUGGAGCUGAUGGGGUACCUCUUCUGCUUCGGGCUGCACAUGACCGGCCCGUUCUUCGAAUUCAAGGCGUACGACGACUGGACCACGAAACAAGGGAUCUGGUCCCCCACGCUGAAGCAGCCGUCCGUCCUCCCGCCCUUCUUCCGCGCGUUCGUGCAGGGCAUCCUGGCGGCGCUCGUCUUCCUGCUGAUGUCCCCUUCCCUGGACCUCACACGCAUCAGCGACCCCCUCAAGAACCGCGCCUACCCCUUCCACCUGCGCUGGCUCUUGGCGCACCAGGCCAGCCUCGUGUGGCGCUUCCGCGCCUACAUCCUCUGGAGCAUCACAGAGGCCGCCAUGGUCAUUGGCGGGCUCGGCUUCACCGGCUGGGAGGCCGCCAAGGGGGAGGCUGUUAACGGGGAGGCCUGCAAUGGCGGAGAAUGGGGGAAGAAGGAGAAUGGGGGUGAGGCGGAAGGGAGGAGGCUGAAUGGGGAGGUGGAUGGGGAUGCGAGCAAGGCGAAGGAUGAUAAGGCCUGUUCGAGGGCUGUAGGGAAGGGCAAGGCGCUGUGGAGCCGGGCUCGGAACGUGGACAUUUUGGGGGUCGAGUUCCCCAAGAGCUGCCUCGACUUCGCCACCACCUGGAACAUCAGCUACGGCCUCUGGCUGAGACUCUACGUGUACGACCGCAUGGUUCCCCCUGGCAGGAAGGCCAACUUCUUCCACAUGCUCGCCACCAUGUUCGUCAGCGCCGUCUCCCAUGGCCUGAAUUGGGGCGACUUCAUCUUCUUUGCUAACUGGGCGCUUAUUGUUGCCAGCUCUAAAGCCAUCUAUCAGGUCACCAGUGGGAUACCCAAGGGCACCAUCGCCCACCGCAUUGUGGCAGUGCUGCACACGCUCUAUGGCAUCUUUGUGUGCAGCUACAUAGCCAGCGCCUUCUGUGUCAUGACACUAUCAGGCACAUACUCGGCCUACAGUGGCAUGUACUACACCGGUACAAUCAUUCCCCUCUUUCUCAUUGUCUUGUCAAUGGUGUACAAGCCACGUCGGCCAAAGCGCGUCAAGACAGAGUAGCAUACCGUACGUACAAGUCUUUUGACAUAGUAGAAGCAUAAGAUUAUAAGGUGAAGGCAUAGCUUGACAAAGUACAAGCCUACUCGAACAAGGUAGAAGCACGCACUGGAAAAGUGCAUGAAUGCAUUUUCUAUAAGGUGUCAGGAAGCAUGUUACGUAUUGCAAGUUUACCACAUCCCAUUGAUUACUUAUGCCAAAAUUCACUAAAGAAAUACAUGGUUC